AUGGCUCCUGAAUUUGUGAUGAUCCUGCGCACAUCCCUAGGGUUCAAGCCUCCAGAACCCCGCAGAGCGCCUCAAGACCUCCUCAAGCUGGUGAAAAGAAUGGCCCGAUAUCACAUUGCUCGCAACAGAUAUGAAUGGGGUGGGAAUCAGGCAGCUAUCAAGGACAUGUUGGAUGAGAUGGCUGGUUCUUUUGCCAUUGAGAAGCCAUAG